AUGACGCUUCGCUACCUUCACACCUUCAUCGACGAGGAGCCGCUGGAACCAGUGGAGGGCCUACGGCGGUCUCGAAGUUUUCCCCUGCUGGGAUGCCCAACGUGGAGCGAAGAGGAGGAACCGCAGGAUGCCACCGCGCGCGAUGCGAACUAUGUGGCCCAGUUGCAGCACAAGACGUUGAACACCUUUCCAGCCCGACCCAUGGCACCGCCCAUAAACCCGAUGACACUUGAGCGUGCGGUUUGUGCGGCGCCACCCGACCCGGUGAAUGAUGGGAGCCGUGGCCAUCCGCAGUUGUGCGCUCGUCCAUGCAUCCGAAUUGCCAAAGAAGGAGGAUGCAACUUGGGAGAUGCCUGUGGAUACUGCCAUCUGGGCCAUCUGUCACAUGGGAGCCGCGUAGCAUUCGACAAGCGCCAACGAACUUUGUUACACGAGAUGGACACCGAAACGCUUUGUUUCGUGGUCUUGCCACACCUCCGCCGUUGCAUUCGAGCUGCCGAGAUCGACGGAACCCAGCUAAUUGAGAUGGUUGGAAGACGGGCCGGCACAGCAGAAUCUGUCAAGGGCAGUGACAUUCGCCUGCUUGAUCGGACUUUCAAAAAGUUACCUUUGGCAGCACUUCUCACGCACCUAAUGGUGAGAGGGGGCGAAUUUCAGGCUUUGCGUGAGCAGAUUGAACUGCUGAGAUCCAGCUUGGGGUAA